UAAAGUUUUUUAUGAAAUACAGAAAAGGGAUCCAUUUGAUGUCUAUCCUCAGGUGCACUGGCAGUUUUCCUUAAACUAUUUGGUUUUUCACCAGUUUGUUGCUUUUUCAUUUUAUGUGCUGCAAGUUCCCAAGCAACUCAGAUUUGCAAACACAGCUAUGGACAUACUAUUUGCCUUGUAGUAGUUACCUGGGAAUCUAAAUCUGUGGUUUUGUUACUCUUCCCUCCUCUAUAUUGUCUGGUUAUAUAUAAGCAGAAACAUUUGUGGUUACAAGUUGAUUUACAAGUUCUUUUUAAGUCUGGCUGAUGGCAGCCUCUGGUUUGAAGCUAGGGAAGAAUGAGUGGUCAAGAACUGGUUACUCUGAAUGCGGGAGGGAAGAUACUCAAAACCAGAUUUGCUGGUUACUCUGAAUGUGGGAGGGAAGAUACUCACAACCAGAUUUGCUACCCUAAAGCAGUUUCCUGCCUCCUAGUUGGCUCGAAUAUGCAGAGACCAAGAAUUCAGGAUGGUUGAUGGCUAUAUUUUUGUGGGCAGAGAUGGUUUUAUUUUAGAUUUUUUGAGAAUUCACCAGCUUUUAUUACCUACUAACUUUUCAGACUAUCACAGGCUUCUGAGAGGGGCUCUUUUCUAUGAACUUGACUCUCUGGCUGACCUUUUAACCCAGCACCUGGAACAGCUGGCUGCUCUUGUGGAGGUGUGUGUCCAGACCUGGAACAUUAAAGCUUUUUUCAUGGUGUUUGGCUCUUGCAGCAAAACAAUUGAGAUCCUAACUGAGAGGAUUACAGUGUUUACAGAGCAACCUUUAGCACUAGCCUGGAGUGGCAACUCUUUGUCUUCUCAGACAACUUCACUUCAGCUACCUCCACAAAGACCUUACCAUGACCUGGUUUUCCACUGCAGCUCUGACAGCACUACUGAUAACCACACUGGAGUCAGGUAUGUUUCUAUAAAACCUGAUAACCGAAAAUUGGCUAAUGGAGCAAAUGUCCUCAGCUUACUGCUUGACACCUUAUUAAAAGUAGGCUUUCAUUUGGUCAGCACCAGAACAGUAUCUGCUGAAGACAAAACUGAAUGCUAUAGCUUUGAAAAGAUAAAAAGCCCUGAAGCACUCACUGUGACACAGUCAGAGACUACUACCAUGCCAGAACAGUCUUAGAAAAAGAAAUGAAGUUGUCUGCUCUCUUUUAGGGAAACUGCCAUUUUCUUGUUUGGAAAUUCCAUGCUUAGGCCACACGUUAAGUCUGUACUUAGCCUACCCUUUGCCUUCAUCUCCUACCGUGCACUUCUGGGCAGCAACAGUGCUCAAGCCGCAUGGAACUACUUGCCACUCUCUAGACAACUCCAUGUGCUUGGUCCCUGCACCUCCACCUUCUAUACGUCUUUCCCUUUCUCUUCUUCAUCAGCACUUGUGCAGCUUCCAAAAACAGGCUCUGGAAUCAUACUUAUUUCUAUUCCUAGCUUAAUCAUAGAUUAGCUAUAUGGCUCAGGCAAGUCAUUUAAUUCUGUGCUUCAACUUCUUCAUUUAUCAAAUAAAGAUAAGACAUCACUUCGUAGGCUAUAUGAGGAUUAAGAGAUAAGUACUUGGUGCAAUGCCUGGAACACAGUGGGCACUCAGUGACUUAGUGAUGCUGAUGCUAGUGAUGGAGUGACAGUGGCCCACUUCCACUGCACCUCUUCUCUAAGGCACUGCUUUCGUCCUUUUCCAGCCAUAUUAAUUCCUAGGCAUUUCUUCUGUAUAGGUUUAUAUACCAUCAUUAUUUUUUUUUCUUAAUUGAAUGUGAACUCCUUGAUCUACUCAAUUUUUAACACUACCAUGUGUAAAUUACUGUGCUACAUUCUUGGUGAGAGCAAUAAUACCUGUUACUAAUUAGCACCUAAAUUACAUACAGUUCUGUACAGCUCUUUGCAGAUUAUUAA